AUGCAUUUUUAUAAAAGAAUAAAACAUUAUAGAAAUAUUUUAAUCAAAUGUAAUAUAUCUAAUCAUAAUAUAAUAUAUGGGGGAUAUGAGACGUGUCCCCUUAAAGAGAUAUAUACGAAUUACCACGUCUAUAAAAGUUAUAUACAUACAAAAGAGAAUAUUAUAGAAGUAGAAGCAAAAGGAAAUGUUGAUAUAGAUAAUAUAAAUAAUAAAGAUGAUAUAUUUUAUAAUAAUGAUCACAAAAUUGAUGAUGAUAAAAUAAAAAAGAUACAAUAUCCAAAGAAUUGCACCAUAUAUCAUGAUAUAGAAAAAAACUCUUAUAUUCACAUUGAUGAUUUUGUUAAUAUAAAUGAUGUAAAGAAUAAAAUAGAAAAUUUAAUUUUAUACAGUAAAAAGUUAUAUAAUAAAAAGUAUUGUCAUAAUAAAUUACUUAAUCAUAAACAAAUCACGUUAAAUAAUAUAGUUUUGAAUAUACUAUGUAUAAUAAAUGGAAAAAAUAAUAAUAAUAAUAAUAAUAAUAAUAUUAAAGAUAUUUAUAUAGAUAAAGUCCUCCUUUUGGAUUUUUAUACUCUAUUAAUUAAAAGAAAAUAUUAUAUACAUAAUUUAAGAAAUAAUAUUUAUGACAAUUCUUUUAUGAAUAUUUUUGAUUAUAUUCAUUAUAACAUUAACUUACAUUUAAAAAAUUAUAACUUGAAAAAUACUCAUCAAGUUUUACAUAAUAUAUCCAUAUAUAUACACAAAAAUAAAUGUAAUAAUAUCACACAUGAACUUGUUACCAAUAUAUUCUUCUUUUCAUUUUUUAAAAACUUUAAUAAGUUUUAUUCAAAAAAAGAAGGAAAGGAUAUAAAUGGAAGUCACCGAAAUUUUCCUAAUUAUGUUAAUCAAAAAAAUCACAAUGAUUUAAAUAUAAAAAUAAUAAAUAAUUCUCAUUGUACAAUUUAUCAAACAAAUUAUUAUAAAUAUAAAAGCUUUGAUGAAGAAACUUUUAAAUAUUUAAAUACAUAUGUUGUCUUUUUAUCUAAUCAUCCUUCUUUUAUUAACGAUAAAUUAUUGUAUAACAUUUCCCUCUUAACAAAUAAAAUAUUACAAUUUAAAAUAAACUUUAACCUAGCACUAUCAUUCCUUUCAGCUAGCUUAAAUAUAUUUGACAAACGAGAAAAAAAAAUAAAAGAAGGACACCUUAUUUUGAACAUAUAUAAAAAAAAAACGAAUUAUGAUAUUUUGUAUUCUCUAAUAAAGCAACACAAUGAAAUGUUUAAGAAAAAUAUAGCUCAUAAGGUCGAAGGGGAACAAAAGGUGAUACAACAAGAUAUAGCCAUGGGUGAUACUAUAAGUAUGCAUGUAAGUGGAGCAAAUCAAAAUAUUCACAAUGUAAUUAGAACAAAUGAUAAUAUUCAUAAAAUAAGUGAAACCAAUCAAAAUGUUCACAAUGUAAUUAGAACAAAUGAUAAUAUUCAUAAAAUAAGUGAAACCAAUCAAAAUGUUCACAAUGUAAUUAGAACAAAUGAUAAUAUUCAUAAAAUAAGUGAAACAAAUCAAAAUAUUCACAAUGUUAGUAUACCCAAAUUAGACAUACUGUCGGAAGAGAAGAAAAAAGAUAUGGCACACACAAUCCAUGUUUCAAAUAAUAUACAUAUUAAAAAUAGGUACACUCAUAAUUUUGUUCCUUCCAAAAAUGAUUGUAUAAACUUAUGGAAUUAUUCACAUAUAAUUAAUAUAAUAAAAAUAUUAGACAUGAAUAAAUUAUUAUCCAAAGAUUAUAAUAUAAACACAGAAGAAUGUGUAAAGACGUUUUUAAAAUAUAUGUUUGAUUAUUUAUCAAUAUAUUACGAUGAACUAGUAAUAAUGACACAAAAUGAAUUGAAUAGUUUUGUUUCUAUAUAUGUUAAUUUAUCAAUAUUAUUAGAGCAAUUGAGAAAUUAUGAAGAAAUAGGUUCUCUUAUUAUUUUUUUUUUAAUUAAUUCUUAUAAACGUAUAUAUGUAUAUUAUAAUGGUUUGAAUAUAAAUAUGAUGAUUAAUUUAAUGAAAGGAAUAUAUCAUCAAAUAUAUAUAUAUUCGAAAAUAUUUGAAGAUAAUAAUUUAUUUUUUGAUAAAUUUAAAAAAGAAUUAAUAACAUUAUAUAAUAAUAUAAAAACGGAUCAUAUGAUAUCUUCAAAUUAUAACAAUAUGUAUGAAUUAAUUAAUACAAACAUGAUGUUUUUGUCAUCAAAUAUAUGUAACACCAUUUUUGAUCAUCUAUUUAAAGAAGAUACAUAUAUUCCACUUAAUAAAUUAAUAACUAUUAUUCAUUAUUUAGAUAAGAUAAAUAAAAUAUGCCUUUGUUAUGAUCAUACAAUAAAUAUAUCUUUACAACAAGAUAUAUUAAAAUGUUUGAAAUUUUGUGAGAAAAUAUUUUUAUCAACAAACAAUAAUUUUUAUGAUGAAAACGUAUCGAAUCAUCAUAUAUUAAUAUUAAUUAAUAUAUAUAUAUAUUAUUAUCAAAAGUUUUUACAUUCUCCAUUUUUAUAUAAGUGUCUACAAUACUUAAGUAAAAAGAAUGAUCUAACUUUGUUUAUUAAUGAAACGGAGAUUAUUAUGUACCUGAACAUAUUGAAGAAACUUAAAGAAAGAAAAAUAAAUAAUAUAAAUGAAAAAUUUAAAAAUAUUCCAAAUCAUUUAAAACAAAUAAGACAAAUAAGACAAAUAAGACAAAUAAAACAAAUAAAACAAAUAAAACAAGAUAUAUUAGAAGAUAUAUUAGAAGAUAUGUUAAAAGAUGGAAAUACAAAGAAUACAUACCAAAGGAUUCACAAUUAUCAAGCUAAUAUGACUUACCAAACAAAAAACCAAGUUGUAACACCUUCCUGCUGUUAUCAUAAUACAUCGCAUAUAAUUUUAAAUACUCAUGAAAAUAUAUAUGAAGAAAAAAAAAUAAAUAACGUCCUAUUAAAUGAUGAUUUAUUUGAUGAAAUGUUAGAAAGGUAUAUGAAUAAAAUAAUGGACAACCUUUUUUUUUCUUCUUUUCAAAAAGAAGGAAAGAAAAAAUAUAUACAUUGGAAUUUUUGUUCUUCUUUAAUACAAUAUAAUAAAAUAUUAGAAGAAAAUAAAAAGGACAAAACAAUAGAUAAUGAAAAUGAUAUUAUUAAAAUUGAUAACAACAAAAAUGAAGAAAGAAUAAAUGUAGAUAACAUGUAUACAUCAUCUAAAUGUACUAAAUCCCCUUUUAAUAUUCAUGAUUUUAAAAAAUAUUCUAUAAAUACUUAUUUUUUGGUUUAUUACAAUAUACUUUCAUAUAACAAAAAAAUGAAUAAAGAAGUAAUAGAAAAAAUAUGGCAUAUUUUAGAUAACAUAAUAAAAUAUAAACAAAAUGUUUUAACAGAAGAAAAUUUUUUUUAUAUUAUUUCUGCAUUAUUGAAAGCUCAAAAUUUUGAACAUGAAGUGUAUAAAAUGUACUAUGAAUAUAUGAAAAAAUAUGGAUCUUGUAUUAAUAUAAAAUAUGUAUUUUUUAUUAUGAAAAGAAUUUUUGAAGAUACUCCAUACAUAAAAUAUAAACAAGAUACAUUAUCUAGUAUUGAUAAAGAGAACAUAUGGAAUAAUUCUAUACAAAAAUAUAAUAUACGAUCGAUAUAUUAUUAUAAUAUGAAAUGUAAUAAAUGUGAUAAAUAUAAUAAUUAUGAUAAAUAUAAUAAUUAUGAUAAAUAUAAUAUAUUAAAUGAUAUAAUAAAAUUAUCAGAACAAAUUAUAUUAUCCCAUAUACAUUAUAUUAAAUAUUUUACCUAUUUUAAAGAAGUGUUACAUACUUAUAUGAAAAAAGAUAUAUAUAUAAAAUGUUACUUAUUUUAUUAUCCACAUUUCCAUAAUUUUGUGUUAACAUAUUUUAAUAAAUUUUUAACACAUGAUCAAUUCAAUAAAAAUGUUCUAGUUCUUUUAAUAAAUAAUAUUGCUUCCUUUUAUUAUACACUUCAUAAUAACACGUAUACAUCUUGUAUUAUAAGAAAAAAGGACACACAAAGGGAAUAUGAAAAAAUGAUUAAAGAGAAAAAGAAAAUAAAAGAGUACAAUAACCAACAAAAUAACGAAAAAUUAAUAAAUGAUUAUGAAGAUAUAAUAAAUAUAUUAGAUGAAGAAAAUUUUAAAAUAGAUCAUAAAGAUAUAAAAGUUGUAAAAAAAUAUAAAAAUAGUUAUUAUUCAAAAAUAUUUUCAUUAUACUCCAUAGACCAAUUACAUUUAAAUAUCAAACUAAACAAAGAAGAUAUGCUUACAAAAGAUAAAACAAAUCAAGGUAAUAUAGAUUUUAAUAUGUUCUUAACCUGUACUUCAAAAGAUAUAACAUCAUAUAAUUAUUAUAUUGAUACUUAUAUAAAAAUGGAGUUAUUAAAAAUAUUAAAUAUUUUGCUUCCAACUUUAUAUAUAAAAGAAAUAAAAAACAAAAGUCUUCAUGAAAUAAAAUUAUCAAGUAUGAACAUUAUAGAUAUAUUUGUGUCAUUAAAAAAUGUAAAAAUAAGAAAUGAAAACAUUAUGUAUAAAUUAUGUAAAAAAUAUAUUAUGGAUAUUUUUUUUCAUAAUAAUAAAGUAAAAUUAGAAUAUCAAAUAAAGUUUCUUAAUUCUCUUACUUUUCUGGAUUAUAUAAAAGAAGCUGAUUUAUUUUUUAAAACUUUUUUUUUAAAAAAAAAUAAAAUAAAUAAAAUACAGAAAGAAGAAAAAAAAACACAAAAUAAUUAUAACCUUUUAUAUACUCAUUUUUUAAAAAUACCAAUACAAAAUUGUAUAUAUAUACCAAAUAUAUCAUCAUAUAUAUUAAAUUUUAUAUCUAUAUAUGAAUAUUUUGAAAAAAAAGAUCAAUAUAUAAUAUAUAAAAAAGUAUUAUAUUUCCUAGAAGAAUAUCUACAAUUACAUAAUCAAAUAAAUUCAAUGAAUUCACUUGAUAAACGUAAUAUUAUUCUUAUAAUCAUAUUAUUAUAUAUUUCAUCAUCACCUCUUAAUUUAUUAUCCAUACCAUUACAAACAUUACGUAUAUUCUAUUAUUAUAUAAUACACUCCAAUUCUUUUUCUAAGCACAACAUAACAAAUUCGUCUUCCACACAUGGUGAUAUUUCUAAAUUUGUUGUAUCCUGUGUAAGGAAACAUUCUCCCUAUGUUCAUAUAUGCAAUGAAAUAAAUGUACAUUGUUUUGACGUUGACAUAUUAUUAUAUGGGAAAUAA